CGCCCAGUAGCAUUUCCGUCCCCGCCCCUGAGAGCCUGCAGAAUUGUCGGUUAUGGCGGCGGGACUGUUAGGUUUGUGUGCUCGCCGCAUUUUGGCAGUAGCGGCGACGCAAGGGCGCCUGGCUGCCCGGGUUCGCUGGGAAUCCAGCUCCUCCAGAGCUGUGAUCGCCCCGUCCGCUGUGGUGGGAAAGCGGGCACCGGAACCAAAUAUGCGCUGGCAGGAGGACCCAGAUCCCGAGGACGAAAACCUCUAUGAGAAGAAUCCAGACUCCCAUGGCUAUGACAAGGACCCUGUUGUGGACAUGUGGAACAUGCGGGUCGUCUUCUUUUUUGGCUUCUCCAUCGUCUUGGUCCUUGGUACCACCUUUGUGGCUUAUCUGCCUGACUACAGGAUGCAGGAGUGGGCCCGCCGGGAAGCUGAGAGGCUUGUGAAAUACCGAGAAGCCAAUGGCCUCCCCAUCAUGGAAUCCAACUGCUUUGACCCCAGCAAGAUCCAGCUGACAGAGGAUGAGGACUAACUGGUUGUCUCGUGGGGCUCAAGAAGCACCACCUUCUCCACCCCCUGUCUGCCAUUCUACCCUCUCCUCACAGCACCUAAUUAAAGGGACUGAAAGUCUGA